AUGGCGGCGAAAAGGAGAGAAGGAGACGGAGGGGGCGGCGGCGAAAAAGGGAGAAGGAGAGGGAAGGGCAACGAAGAGGAGAUAAGGAGACGGAGGGGGCGGGGAGAGACGGCGACGACAGAGGGAGAAGGAGAGGGAAGGGCGGCGAAGAGGAGAGAAGGAGACGGAGGGGCGGCGGCGACAGAGAGAGAAGGAAAGGGAGGGGCGGCGAAGAGGAGAGAAGGAGACGAAGGGGGCGGGGGAGGGGCGGCGACGACAGAGGGAGAAGGAGAGGGAGGGGCGGCGAAGAGGAGAGAAGGAGACGGAGGGGGUGGCGCCGGAGGGGAGGUGGAGGUGGUCAGAAAAAGUGGUGAGAAGGAAGAGAGUAUCGAUAGAGAGAAAGAUGUAGAAGAUUGUUUUGGGGGAGAGACUUGUGAGUUGUGA